AUGGGAGCAAAUAAUAGCUCCGAAGUGAUACCUUGCGAUACCCAGGAUCGGAAAGCAGACAAAUGUGAGGCCUAUCUAUACUGCCCACUAUCUACUACAACAUGCAUUCGCACCUUGGAGAUCUUACCAGAACGUCUCAGCACUCCUAAUGAGGUUUACUGCAACAUUACGGAAGUAAACCUGGAGGAUGAACCCAUAUUCGACGCGCUAUCGUACACCUGGGGCCCUGCUCGCACUGUGUAUCGAUCAAAUGAGUCUUUGCCGCAGGAAGACGCGUACCAUCGAACGAAGAAUGUAAUCUGUGAUGGAAAGAUUUUGAAGGUGACCGAGAAUUGUUUCGCCGCACUCAAGCAGAUUAGAUCCAUGAAGGACAUGAAUGAUGAACGCUUAGAUGGUCUAAUUGAGAAUCGUCGGAAUGGACGACUCUGGGUAGACGCUAUUUGCGUCAAUCAAUCUGGUGACCAACAAGCGUUGGCCGAGAAGGCAUCGCAAAUUCGAAUUAUGGAUAGAAUCUACCGACAGGCGCAAACGGUCCUGAUUUGGCUUGGACCGGAAGAUGAAUUUUCAAGAGACGCGAUUUUGUGUUUGAGAUUGAUUGCUGAUCGUCGACUUUUGGAAAAAGCGCCCGAAGUCCGCCAUUAUGCGAUUCAGGCUGAGGAACCGUAUGAACAGCUGGACAUUCCCUAUAUCGAUACCACUAAAUGGCUCGCAAUCUAUGCCUUCUUACAUCGAGCAUACUUUUAUAGGUCCUGGAUUUCGCAGGAGGUCGCCUUCGCCCGGAAACCUGUUGUCAUUUGUGGCACACUUGUCUUUCCUUGGGAGGUUCUAUCACAUGCAGCGUUGUUCCUGUGUAUUGCUCGUUGGUACCCUCAGGUAAAUGAUAUAGCUAGGUUAUACUUGGAAGGUGAAACGGAUUCAGAGGUUGAGGAAGAAAGGAUGAAUCGCACAUAUGCUGCGCUCGAGGGUUAUCAAACGCUGAAAGAAAACCCUUUUAUGCGACUGCUUAUACAGUCGAUGGAGAGAAGCCUAAACCAAUACCCGCGCCGCAAUAUUUCAGCAGGCUUUUUCAAGGAAAGUCAACGAAUAGAAUACAACCCAGCGGUUCAUAUCCUCGAACUUUCCGAUCUAAGGUUCAAACAUACCUACUCCGAGGUUCAGGGCUAUGAACUUGUUGAGCCGCUUCCGGUUAUCUUAAUGAAGUGCAGGUUUGCAAAGACCAGUGAACCACAAGAUAGCAUUUAUGCCCUCCUUAGCUUGGCAUCAGCGCCAAGCUGGAGCGGCUUGUCAAUUGACUACACACGGCCUGUUUGGCAGUCCUUUUUGGACGCAGCAUGGGCCAUGAUCAGGUCUUCUGGUAACGUGAGGCUGUUCUCCCUAGUGGAAGACAGAUCACUUCGAAAGGUUAAGGGGCUACCGACCUGGGUCCCCGACUUUACCACAGAGCGGAAGCCAGACCCAUGGGAUGCUGGAGACCCCUGUCCAUACCGCGCUGGCGGUGAGACAGUCUGGAGGGAAGAUAUAGCAUGGCACAUCCCAAUGCAUAUCGUCGUCCAGGGCCUUCACUAUGAUACUGUGCAGAAAGUUCAACGGUUCGAAUGCUUUAAUCUGAGCAGCAUAGCUGAGCUGAGUGAAUGCCUGUCAAACAUGCCGUUCGACCAUAUUUGGAGGACACUCGUCGGGGACAAAUUUCUCAGGCAAUAUCCUGCCCCAGAUUAUUGUAAUAUUCUCUUCUCCAAUCUGCUGCAAUCAUACCUACGGGACAAGAAUAUGUUGAUGUAUCUGAGAGUCCGAGGGCUUCCGACACUUGCAGACAAAUUCCUUGAGGCGGACAGAGACUUCCGGUCCGCAUUUGCUUCAUGGAAUAACCUCCAAGGUUCAGACAUAUUGGAUCACGAUGGAGAAGUCGACAACAAGGACGACUAUCGAAGAGAGGUCGAGGAGAUGGCCGGCUUCGACAACGGCCGCAGUGAAGAUCGUGCGAAUUUGCAGGAAUCGGAACGCGGCAGCCUAAGCAGGGACGGUCUCGACUAG